AUGCGUCUGUCCCCCCCGAGACUGGCUGUCGCGGCGCAGAGGCCGCUCCGCCCGCAGCCCUCGCCGCUGCUGGCCCCGAUCCCGCUCUACAGACGGCUCCUGCGAGCCCACCGGAAGCGCCUCCCCGCCGACAUGCGCAUCCUGGGCGACGAGUACCUCAAGGCCGAGUUCCGCCUGCACCGCCGCGUCGACAACCCGGCCCAUCUGAUUGGCUUUCUGACCGAGUGGCAAGUGUACGCGCAGACGCUGGAGGGGGACGCGUGGGCGGGCGACAAGAUGGACGAGGGGAAGCUGGCCAAGAUGAGCGACGAGCAGAUUCAUCAGCUGUACGAGCUGAUGCGAGCGAUACGGAGCGGUGGCGAGGACGGGCACUCGGAUCCGGAUCCCGAGGAGAAGCGAUGA